AAGUUGGGACACCCAAUCCCAUGCCAGAGAACCCAAGUAGGUUUGCCCCUGUGGUCUUCUCAAGAGAAAGGAGUGGUUUCUGAAGGCAAGCAAUAUAUCCAUCAUCCACACCAGCACAGUUACAGUCACACAGCUCCACAGCAACAACAUGCCCACUACACUCAGAGCCUUAGCUUCCUAUCCUCUGUGCCCUAUUGCUUCGUUUGAUUUGGGUCGUCAAGUAUCGAAUAAGUUAUUGUUUCCUUGCAAUUUAAGCCACAGCCUUAUUGAAGGAAGCAGAAUUCAUAAGACAUAUCGACUCAAGGCUGGCUUUUGGGAAUCGAUUAAAUCUGGUAUCUUAAGCAACAACACAACACAAGUAGUGGAACCACCAUCCACACUUCCAGAAGAGGAAGAACCCCUUCCUGAAGAGUUAGUUCUCAUUGAAAAGACCGAACCAGACGGAACAGUUGAAGAAAUAAUAUUUUCUUCUGGUGGAGAUGUUGAUGUGUAUGAUCUUCAAGCCCUCUGUGAUAAGGUAGGCUGGCCUCGCAGGCCACUCUCAAAACUGGCUGCAGCUUUGAAAAAUAGCUACAUGGUAGCCACAUUACAUUCGGUUCGGAAAUCGCCUGGAUCAGACGGGAAUGACCAGAAGAAGCUAAUUGGCUUGGCGCGAGCUACAUCUGACCAUGCGUUCAAUGCCACAAUUUGGGACGUCCUAGUUGAUCCUAGCUAUCAGGGACAAGGCCUUGGAAAGGCCCUUGUUGAAAAGAUUAUAAGGGCUCUUCUGCAGAGGGACAUUGGCAAUAUUUCACUUUUUGCAGAUAGUCAAGUCGUGGACUUCUAUCAAAAUUUGGGUUUUGAAGCUGACCCAGAGGGCAUCAAAGGCAUGUUUUGGUACCCAAAGUUUUAGCUACCAGUUAGAGAAGCUCAAGUUGUUUCUACUACUGGCUUAGCGCUGCAAAUCAGUACAGAUGGAGUAAGAACACUUCUUACGUUAUCAACUCACCCAGUUACAUGGUAAAUGAUUGUAAGACAAAUUAAUGUAAUACCUAUGUGGUAAAAAGGGAAGCUUCUAUUGGAUCAUCUUCUCUCAUCCUGAGCAAACCCAAUAUUACAGACUUAGAAAUGUAAACCUUCACAUUUUGAAUGGAGUUGAAAUGUUGCCUCGACA